ACUCGGCGCAGUUGGUGCUUUCCGAGCAUACAAGUGGACCGAGCAGACCAUGAGCUCUGUCGGAGGUGACACCUGAGACCGAAAUUCGCUCAGUUGUUUCUUAAUGAUCUGAAACCGUUUCUAUUGUAAGGAGAGCAGCUGUUUUCUUGUCACUUUUUCUGUCUCUUUUGUCAUCGGGAGGAGCGUCUCAAUGUGGACACAACGUUGAAGAUUCUGGAUGUCUGUAUGCAGCAUAUCCACAGUCCUUAAACUGCCAUAUUGUCUUCACCGUUCAUCUUUGUUCCUCUGGGAUAAAGAGAGGACACACUGAGACACAGCUGAUCCAAAGAGGUCAGACACUCUCUGACCCAGAUCUCCCUGCAGGAGGACAUGGAGGUCCUGCGGCGGUCCUCUGUGUUCGCUGCAGAGGUCCUGGAUGUGUUUGACCGGUCGUUGACCGAUAAGGAGCUGGUGUCCCAGUCUAAAGCCUUGUGCAGAGACUACAUAUUGUCCAGACUCAACCAGAAUGGACUGGGAUGGUCCAAAACAGAGCUCAACCUGACUCCCUCGAAUGCAGCGCUGACCGAGGUGUCUCUGGUUCUUCUGUGUCUUGGCGAUGAGCUGGAGUGUAUACAGCCCAGCUUGUACAGGAACGUGGCGCGGCAGCUCAACAUUUCUGUUGCCAUGGAGAGCAUGGUGUCGGAUGCCUUCAUCGGUGUAGCAACGGAGAUCUUCGCAACAGGUAUAACGUGGGGUAAGGUGGUAUCCAUGUAUGCAGUAGCUGGAGCCCUGGCGGUGGAUUGUGUCAGAUUUGGUCAUCCAACCACCGUUCACAUCUUGGUGGACAGUCUAGGCCAGUUCGUCCGCAAAUUCCUAGUCCCUUGGCUGAAGAGACGGGGAGGAUGGGCAGAGAUCACGAAAUGUGUGGUGAAGAAGGAUCUCACCCCUGAAAACCACUGGCUCUCCUCUGCCGUCGAGUCCCUGAAGUACUUCCUCACUGCAAUGUACGUCUACAUCAUGAAGGAACCAUGAGCAGCGGAGAGUCGUUAUCGUCAUCGUUAUUGUUGGAUAUAUGAGACAGAAAUCUCAGACUUGUCAAUAAAUGAUGGAGCGGAGAUGGUCGCCGCGCUUGAUGGGGACUGAGCCUGCCAGCAGAUAUCAGUGUGUCGCUGAAUGGCCACCGACAAGUGUUUCAUCAGCAUUACAUUUGUGUUUGUCUGAUAAAUCUGUGAGUGAUUACCCUUCACCCAGAGGGUAGUCACAGUGAUAUAUUUAAGAGCAUAAAUGGCAAAAGAACAACUUUGUGUCACUCCACCUCUUCUACAGAUUUUCACACUGCUUACGCCGGUGCAGGCUUCUCCAGUGAUGUAACUGUAUGAUGGUGUUCAAUUUUAUGUGAGCAGUGGGAGGCUGUUUGCACUCCCGAAGUUAACUGUUUGAUGCUUUCUUAUGAUGCUUGUCCCAGAACUGAAAGAGUGAUGAAGGUGAAAGCCCCGUCUUUAAUGAAAAUUGUUGCUCAGCUGGCUGGGUCUUGUUAAUUUUUUUCAGUUUGGAAAAUGUCUUUCACUUUGCACUAAAACUGAUAUCAGGUGGUUUCAGCUGCUUACAUGUCAUGGGUUUGGUUCACGAUGUUGUACUGUACCAAAGCACAAACAGUGUCUCUUUACAAAUAUGAUCCGACAUGUUGUGACUUAUUAAACUUUCCUGCGAUUUUUUUGGACACUGUAGACCACGACACGCUGGGUCUCAUUUUGCCCUUUUUGGCCAAAGAUGCAACCUGUUUUAGUGGUACUGAAUUCCUUUUUAAUUUGUAAAUAGUUAAUUUAUGAUUUUAUUUUUUUUUACAUUUUGAUUGAGACUUCCAAAAUCUGAAACCGCUGCAGUAUAAAGACUGCCAAUACCAUAGCUCUUCAGGAUGAUUGUGUGGUAUGCUUGAUGGGCGUCACCUUCACAGUGUUAAUUUAUAAAUGUGUGUGUGAACAUUUUUUUUAAUCCAUAAUAAAUUUAACUAAAUCUUCA